UGUCUGUGUGUGUGGUUGCGUGGCUGUAAAGGAGUCUGAGUUUCUCUUUCCUGGUAAAUCCCCAGUGUGAGAGGGCUUCACAUCUUUUACACGUGUAGAAGAAGUUCAGGGAGAAAGUUAUUCAAAGCUCACGGAACCAAAAUAAAACAUGGCCAUACACCAGCAGCCGGGCCAGGUGAUGACAGUGAUGACCACUGCCCACGGUCCCGGGACAUGGAGCACCGGCCUGUGUGAUUGCUGCAGCGAUAUGGGAACCUGUUGCUGUGCGCUCUUCUGCUUCCCCUGCAUGCAGUGUCAGACCGCCAGUGAUCACGGUUGGUGCUGCUGCAUGCCCAUCCUGGACGUCUGUGGUGUGGUGUCCUGCAUACUCCGCUCCUCCGUUAGAGAGCGCCACAACAUCCC